GACAAGCGUGGCAAAGGCAAAGAGGUCAAGAGGAGAAGAGAGAAGCACGUGUGAUACAUACAGCGUUGUCCUUCCCAAGCGUACGCGUUAUUGUAAGCCUGUCCCCUGCCAACCGGUCCUAAAUCAUACCAAGACGACUUGCGAAUAGCUCUUUUCCAACACUGUCACGUCUCCCGUUUGUCUUUGUGACCAUGGUGAGCAAGACGGACGACACCCAGGCUUCUGAGCCCGGCUGCCGUCCGGCUGAUGUUGCUGUGUCGGAAGCCGGGCAUGGAGCUCAGGACGCCCACGAGAGCAGCAGGGCACAUUUGAAAGAUUCGCACGGCUGUGGUGAGCAAAACACGGUCAUGUUGAAUGGUGGAGGGGCAAAUGAUCACAUGGAUGAGUUGGAAUCAAAGGACAGGCAGAGUGACAUUAAUGGAGGCGACGACUCCAACGAGCAGGAGGUGAUUGUCAUCCAGGACACGGGCUUCACCGUAAAGAUCCAGGCCCCCGGAGCCGAGCCUUUUGAUCUUCAGGUGUCUCCUCAGGAGAUGGUGCAGGAGAUCCAUCAGGUGUUGAUAGACAGAGAAGACACCUGCCACCGCACCUGUUUCUCGCUGCAGCUAGACGGAAAUGUGCUGGCCAACUUUUCUGAGCUGAAGUCCAUUGAAGGCCUACAGGAAGGCUCACUGCUCAAAGUGGUGGAAGAGCCAUACACUGUGCGUGAAGCCCGGAUCCACGUGCGUCAUAUCAGAGACCUUUUGAAGAGCCUGGACCCAUCAGAUGCCUACAAUGGAGUGGACUGCAACUCUCUUUCCUUCCUAAGUAUUUUCACGGAUGGAGACCUUGGAGAUAGUGGGAAGCGGAAGAAAAAGGGCAGCGAGCUGGAGCAGAUUGACUGCACCCCCCCAGAGCACAUUCUCCCUGGCAGUAAAGAGCGUCCGCUGAUACCCCUUCAGCCACAGAACAAGGACUGGAAGCCUAUGCAGUGCCUGAAGGUCCUGACCAUGAGUGGCUGGAACCCUCCCCCCGGUAACAGGAAGAUGCAUGGCGACCUCAUGUACCUGUACAUUGUGACAGUAGAAGAGCGCCACGUCAGUGUCACGGCCUCAACACGUGGCUUCUACCUCAACCAGUCGACUACCUACACCUUCAGUCCCAAACCUGCCAACCCAAGUUUCUUGAGCCAUUCUCUGGUGGAACUACUGAGCCAGAUUAGCCCUGCCUUCAAGAAGAACUUCACUGCCCUGCAAAAGAAAAGGGUCCAGAGGCAUCCGUUUGAGCGAAUAGCCACGCCUUUCCAGGUCUACAGCUGGACAUCACCACAGGUCGACCAUUCCAUGGACUGUGUUCGAGCUGAGGACGCCUACACCUCCCGCUUGGGUUAUGAAGAGCACAUACCAGGACAGACUAGAGAUUGGAAUGAGGAGCUGCAGACGACAAGAGAGCUUCCUCGGAAGAACCUGCCUGAUCGCCUGCUUAGGGAGCGAGCUAUUUUCAAGGUCCACAGUGACUUUGCAGCAGCGGCCACGCGCGGCGCUAUGGCAGUCAUCGACGGAAACGUAAUGGCCAUCAACCCCGGUGAUGAAACGCACAUGCAGAUGUUCAUCUGGAACAACAUCUUCUUCAGCCCGGGCUUUGAUGUGAGGGACCAUUAUCGCGAGCUGGGUGGGGACGCUGCCGCCCACGCCGCACCCACCAAUGACUUGAAUGGUGUGAGAGCGUACGGUGCAGUGGAUGUGGAAGGACUAUACACACUGGGCACAGUGGUGGUGGACUAUAGAGGCUACCGUGUCACCGCCCAGUCAAUCAUCCCUGGCAUCCUGGAGCGUGAGCAGGAGCAGAGUGUCAUCUAUGGCUCCAUCGACUUUGGAAAGACAGUUGUGUCCCACAGCAAAUACCUGGAGCUUCUGGCGAAGACCAGCAGGCCCCUCAAAGUCCAGAGGUACAAUGUGCUCAACGAGAAGAACGAGGCAGUGGAGCUUUGCUCAUCGGUCGAAUGUAAAGGCAUCAUUGGAAAUGAUGGCCGUCACUAUAUUCUGGACCUUCUUCGCACUUUCCCACCUGACCUCAACUUCCUUCCCGUGGAGGGAGAGGAGUUAGCUCCAGAAUGUCAGCGUCAGGGUUUCCCCCGCCAGCACCGUCACCGCCUCGCCUGCCUUCGCCAAGAACUCAUUGAGGCCUUUGUUGAGCACAGGUAUCUUUUGUUUAUGAAGAUGGCUGCACUCCAACUCAUGCAGCAGAAAGCGAACAAGGAUGCCAGCAGGAAGGAAAAACUUGCAGCCAUCACUCAAACGUCCGAAACUGAGGCCAGUGCUGAUGCAACGCAAACCGCUGCUUCUGAUUCAGGCACGCCGGUCUCGACAGAUGGCCCGCUCCAAAUGGACAGCGGGGCGGAAAAACCCUCAAAGGCUGCCACCAAUGGGCCUAUGGAGCCCACAGCCACACAGAAUGGGGAAUGCAAGAGCCCAUUGGAGGGUAAGGAGCUUGAGGAAAGUAUUCCAGGAUUAGCUCAGGCCAAAGAGCUGGCGGAGACCUUAGUUGCCGAAGAUGGAUCUGGUAUUGACCAAAAAAACCGUGAGGUUGUCCUCAAUGCCUGCAAGGCAGUCGGCUCCAUCAGCAAUACGUCUUUCGACAUCCGCUUCAACCCUGACAUCUUCUCUCCAGGAGUACGCUUCCCAGAUGACAGCGCAGAUGACAUCCAGAAGCAAAAGCAGUUACUCAAAGAUUCUGCCGCCUUUCUCGUUUCCUGCCAGAUUCCAUCACUGGUUAAAGAUUGUUUGGACCAAAGCGCUCUGCCCAUGGAUGGUGCCACUCUGACAGAGGCCUUGCACCAGCGAGGCAUCAAUGUACGCUACUUGGGCACCGUACUGGAGUUUGUGGACAAGACUCCUGCCAAAGCCCAGCUGGAACACUUCUAUAGAAUAGGAAUCAUUGAAUUGAUCACCAGAUGUGCAAAACAUAUCUUCAAGACAUACCUGCAGGGUGUGGAGCUGUCGGCUCUCUCUGCCGCUGUAAGCCAUUUCCUAAACUGCUUCCUGAGUUCCUUCUCGGAUGCUGUUGGUCACUUGCCAGCUGACGAGCUUGUGUCCCGCCGCAAAAGCCGAAAGCGUCGCAACAAGGUUCUUGGAAGUGGUGACAACACAGCAUGGGCAAGCCUAACGCCCAGUGAGUUGUGGAAGAACAUUGCUUCUGAAGCGCGGAGCUACUAUCACUUCAUCAUCCAAUGUGAAAAUGUGGACCAGGUGGUGGAGAAAUACGGCAUUCAGAAAAUCACUUUACUCAGAGAAAUAUCAGUCAAAACAGGCAUCCAAAUUGUGAUAAAGGAGUAUAACUUCGACAGCCGCCACAAGCCUACCUUUACAGAGGAGGACAUACUUAACAUUUUCCCCGUGGUAAAACACAUUAACCCCAAAGCCUCAGAUGCCUUCCACUUCUUCCAGAGUGGCCAGGCGAAGGUGCAGCAAGGAUUUUUGAAGGAAGGUUGUGAGCUGAUCAAUGAGGCCCUCAACCUCUUCAACAACGUAUAUGGAGCUAUGCAUGUGGAGAUCUGUGCCUGCCUGCGCCUAUUGGCUCGCCUUAAUUACAUCAUGGGAGACCACGCCGAAGCACUCAGCAACCAGCAAAAGGCUGUUCUGAUGAGUGAAAGAGUUCUUGGCAUCGAGCAUCCCAACACAAUUCAAGAAUAUAUGCACUUGGCUUUGUAUUGCUUUGCAAACGGGCAGCUGUCCACGGCAUUGAAGUUGCUUUACAGAGCUCGUUACCUCCUGUUGUUGGUGUGCGGUGAAGACCACCCGGAGAUGGCAUUACUAGAUAGUAACAUUGGCUUGGUACUGCACAGCGUGAUGGAGUACGAUUUAUCUCUGAGAUUCGUGGAGAAUGCUCUGACCAUCAACUCAAAGUACCAUGGACCACGGUCACUCAAAGUAGCGCUAAGCCAUCACCUCAUCGCUAGGGUUUACGAAAGCAAAGCAGAGUUCCGCUCUGCGCUACAGCAUGAAAAGGAAGGCUACACUAUUUACAAGAACCAGAUGGGCGAGGCUCACGAGAAAACCAAGGAAAGCUCAGAGUACUUGAAGUCCCUCACUCAACAGGCCGUGGCUCUGCAGAGAACAAUGAACGAGAUCUAUAAAAAUGGCUCCAGUGCCAGCAUCAUGCCUCUCAAGUUCACUGCUCCCAGCAUGGCCAACAUCCUGGAACAACUCAACAUCAUCAAUGGCAUCAUUUUUAUCCCUCUAAGCCAAAAAGAUCUGGAGAACCUGAAAGCUGAGGUGCAGCGACGACAGCAGCUGCAGGAGUCCGAGAAGAAUGAGCUGUUGGAGAAGCGUGAGCAGCCCUUGGAAGACGGCCCACUGGAACUAGUGGACAAAAUUCCUGUUGAUUAACGUCCCAAUGCGUUCAACAGUAAUCUUUUCCGUUACGAAGGGUGAAGACCAUGCCGCAACAGUCUUGUCAUUAUGCCCGCUGACCCAGGAACUGAGCAGACUGUAUCAGCAUUAAAAUAGACAAUUUAUUAUGAUACUGAAACGGAUAUAGAGUAUGGGUCAAAUAUCCAGAGAACACACUGUAUGAUGUGUAUAACAAAGGAAAACUGAGCAGGUAAUUCCUACAAGGUAGGAUGUGAUAGGGGGAAAACAAGUACAAACAUCGAAUUUAUGUAACAUGCAGUGUUAGGAAAUCCUGCCAUGAGGUGGUAAGUGAUCUGGUUGCAUUGGCGCAAGGGAUCCCAGUUUUGGACUCAAGACCCAGAGUGACAUUUUGUACCAGAGCCUUACAUUUUGUGCUCUAAGUCCCAGCUAGCCCAUGACCAUAUGUUAUUUCCUAAAGGAGCCUUGAAGAGCCAAGGGCAUGGGGCCUAGCUGAGUGAGACAAGGCUACCUUCUGUGCACUAAAAUCAAAUUUAAAACAAAAAAGAUUAAUAAAACAGUGGGCCUUGUAUUUGUCAGAAUGUACUGCUCAUUUCCCACACCGUUGAACGUUCUUUAAUUAAAUUUAAUCAUUUGUGCUGCCUGCCGAGUUUUGCAAGCAAACCGUGAAAAUUGGGCUCCUGUGCUGGAUUUUUUUUUUCCUGUCGGUGAAUAUGUACAGGAAAGUUGAUGACAUUUUAGAGCUGUUAAUUUAAGCCAUAACUGUUUUAUAGAUAAUGUAUAGAAUGAAAAAAUGUGUAAAUCUAUAUCGGAUUCAAACACGUUUUUGCUUGAUGAAAAAGAUCCAUGAACCGUCCGUCCUCUUGAAAGCAAUUUCCUCCAUGUACUAACUGUGUUCAAUCUAUUUUUACACAUUGAUAAGGCUGUGCAUGUAAAUUUGUACGUGUGACUUUCUGUUUAAUCCAACAGGAUGGCUAACGAGUGGUGUGACAUGAACAUUUGUUUUCCAAAUGUUUUAUUUUUCUAAAUGCAUAGGUGACAAGAAUUAACUUCUUCUCAUUAUUGGAGAGGUGCUCCUCAAUGAUUGCAGUGACUGGUCCUGGUUUUCCGUUUAUUUGUUCUCCCCAAUAUUGGAUUGUCAUGUUUUCGCAUUUAUGCAGCCCAGAGAGCCUACGCAGGAAUAUGACCGCACAUUUUCAACAUCAAUGAAAUGGACAAACGAUGUACCAAAAAACAAGACUUGACAGUUUGAGCUUGUAUACAUGCAAUGUAACUUCUGCCGUGUAUAAAUGUUCGUGAUUAAAGCAAUAUAGAGAU